AUGUGCAUAUCUGCGUGGAUUUGGCAAGCCCAUCCUUCCUAUCCAUUCCUACUCGUCCUCAACAGGGACGAAUACCAUGAAAGGUCAAAUCCUUACCAUCUGCAUUGUUUUCCGGUUGAUUUCUUCACGUUCAAUUCUGCUGUUUGUGGGUUUUUACUCUGAUUCUAUCAGAUAAUUUUUGUUCCUGUGUUGAGAUUUUUGUUGGCGGUGAUGGACUGUCAGGCCUACCAUGACAGCAGAAUGGUGGGGGGACGGCACUCAGAAGAUACUGGGAGGGAGGGAUGUGCAGGCAGGGGGGACUUGGCUUGGAUGCACCAGAAAUGGGAGACUAGCUUUCCUGACCAAUGUCCUGGAGCCUGAUCCCUUCCCCGACGCCAAGAGCAGAGGGGCUUUGCCUGUCAAGUUCUUGGAGGUAUUUCCCUCUCUCUGUCUCUGUCUCUCUCUCAUUCCGCAGUUGCUGAUGCCCACUUCUGGUUACAGUGUGAAAAAAGCCCUCUGGAGUUUGCGGAGGAAGUAGCUGGUGAAGCAGACAAGUACAAUGGCUUCAACCUGGUGCUAGCUGAUCUUUGUUCGAAAACCAUGGUUUAUGUCUCCAACAGGCCAAAGGGAGAGCCUGCCUCCAUCAAACUGGUGCCCCCUGGCCUCCAUGUGCUCUCAAAUGCAGGCCUUGAUUCCCCCUGGCACAAGGUGAGCUCGUCUCUGAUGCAUCCUAUUUCUAUUCUAGGAAAUCCAUGUUCGUUUGCACGAACGAUUUCAUUACGAACACAGCCUGUUGUCGCCAGAUCUCACUACCCACCUGGAUAAUUGUGGUCCUCUACACCUCUUGAUGAUGCUUGAUGUUGGCCAUUCAUUCAUAGCUUUUUGACGCAGCCUUCAUCACUGGAGAGGGAGAGGGAGAGGGAGUGUGAGGGAGGGAUAGAAAAAAUGACGGUGGGUUGGUUUCAACCUGGCCAUCUCCACUGAUUGGCAAAAAAAUUGUCUGUUUAUUUGACAUUGGUUGAUUUCUUCUUGUUCUUCUCUGCCUCUCACAGGCUGCUACACUUUCCCUGCAUUAAUAUUUGAGGGAGGCAAUGCAGCACUUUAGGCUGAUCUUUGGGUUUUGAGUUAUUUCCUUCCUAAAUGAGUUGGGCAUAUGACAAAGUUUCUACCUUUUUGGACUGAUAAUAAUCGUUCAUUGCAUAGAACUGCGAUUGAUGGGUGUGGGGUUGUGGAUCUGCUUUUCUUUUAGGCACUACGCCUCGGCAAGGGAUUCAAAGAGCUACUGUACAAAUACGAUGCGGAAGAGGAGAUCCCCGCCAGAGAACUGGUCAAGCAGCUAAUGUGUGACAGAGUCAAGGCUGAGAGGGAUCGUCUCCCCAACACUGGCUGUGACUCGGACUGGGAGUGGAACUUGAGCUCUAUAUUCGUUGAGGUUGACACAAAGAGGGUGAGCCCCCCCACCCCCCUGAAGGACUUGGUCAUCUUCUUCUCUGGUAGACUCUUUUGACCCUGUGACGACUCUUCACUAAGGACUCGAUAAUUAUCUUCUCCAAUUGCUUUAUUUUGACCCCGUCAUGAGGAUUAGUCAAAGGGUUUAGCCAUCCUCACCUUCGGUUGCACUCUUGACCCUUGCCCUGACUAAUCACCAAACGAGUCAAGGAUCAUUGCAUGAGGCUUCACCCGUUUAUGACUUUUCAUCAGAGAAGUUGGCCCAACCUUCUCUCCAUGAUCUGUGCUUCGGAUCAGACGAUAAUUUCUUCCAUCUGGGGCCUCUUGCAGGGCCGAUAUGGCACGAGGAGCACCGCCGUGGUGGCUGCAAGGCCGAGCGGCGAUGUGGAGUUCUAUGAGGCUUAUUUGGAGAUGGGCGUAUGGAAGGAUCACACCAUCCGGUACCAGAUCGAGAGUCUUCACCAAUAA